AUCGUCGUCGUCGUUCCCGCCGUCGUCACCGCUCGACGCGCAUUAAGAACUCGCACCACGCCAUUCAUCGGGUUUAGUUUCGCGCCAACCGUCGUGUCGUUCAGUUCAGUUGCUCGUGUCUUAUUGCAUCGUCGUCAGACGCCUCACUAGAUUCGUUAACCAUCCGAUUUGUGUUGUCCCCUAAGUGCGUCCGUGCGUCGUCGGUCCGUGUGCGACAAUCGAAACCGCGAAAAGAGUGUUUGUGAAGAGCAAGUUCCAGUGUAAUUUUCCGGAGAAAACCAAACAGACAGAAACCAUAAUGGCCGUUAGCCGAUUGUCGAUGCUGAAAUUCCUCGAGCUGGCACUCACCAUCAGCUGCGUGGUGCUGCACUACAAAAGCUUGGGUGAAAACGACGAGAUGACCAUCCUGCUCGUCGCCGGAACCUUUGUCGGUUACUCCAUCAUCCUGAUUGGUCUGUUUGCUGGUCAUCUCCUGGGCAACCCAAUCAACAAGAAGAUCGACCUGUUCUUCAGCCUGCUCGGAUGCGCCAUGUUCAUCGCGUCCGGUGUUCUGGUCUUGCAGGCCUGGGAAAGCGGUUUCAAAACCGAGCGCCGCCGCCUGGCCAUCUCCAAGGGCGCACUGGCCAUCAUCAACGGGGCGGUGUUCUUCAUCGAUUCCAUCUUUACGUUCAGAGAUUAAACACGAACGGAAGCGGGAUCAAAGAUAGAGAGAGAGAGCGGCCAAAUGAAGCAGUUGCGAUGAUGAUACGCCGAACGAACAAGAAAAAAAGAGAUUGGAAUCUCGUCUCAAAUGACUUUCGUUUUGAGUAACGAAGACGUGUUAUUCGCUUUACAGUUAAGGUUAAGUUUACCAUUUUCUAUACGAUAUUUAUGUACAAUUGACGAAAAUUGGAGAAUUAUUCGUCCAGACAAAAAGAAAACGGUUGCACAUGUUUACCAAUCAUCUUUCUCCACUGUGCACCGACGUAGUUUUUUUUUAUUUGUAGUAGUGUGUGUGCGAUCGAUGUAUGACAGUUUAACAACGAGAAAAAGCUUCCAGCCAGACGCCACCUAGCGUUCACUAGAGACGAUGACAAUGGUUUCGCUCGGUUGAACACCGUAGAUGUCAGCAGUGUGUCUUUUCUUCCAAGAAUGAUUGAUUAAAUUAACAUCACCAUGAUUCGGCUAAUUUAAAGACGGUAAAUCUACUCUACUAUUGUAACAUUUUUACAAUAAAAACGAAAUAUAAAUCGUGUAAAACUAA